AUGAAUGAAUCUACAUUCUCUGUUACAACCUUCAACAUAUUGGCACCAUGUUAUAAUAGGACCAAUCAUUAUGCUUCACCAGAGGCCAUUGCAGCUAGAGAUCAUCCUGUUGCCAACAACAACAACAAUAACAAGCUUGUAGAUGUUAUUGAAUGUUCUAGACAAUAUGAUAUACUUCAGAUUCUACAAACUGUGGAUGCGGAUAUUAUAAACCUACAAGAGUUCUUCUUUAAUAAGGACUUUAAACAGUUGUACGAGAGUACAUUGUCCGAUCGUUAUCAAGCAUUCUAUCUUCAGCGAACUAGUGGCAAACUAGAUGGUGUCGCCACCUUUGUAAAGAAACAUCUAAACAUCAAACAUCAACAUAUGCUAGAGUUUAAAGAUCAAGGUGAUCGUGUUGCCCUGAUCCUUCACAUAGACAGUCCGUCAUCAUCCUCUUCACCUUCAGGACAUGAGUUAAUACUUGCCAACACUCACUUGACCUUCCCUCAUACAGUGUUUGAUGAGACAAUACUGCGGCGAACACAGAUCGAGUCAAUACACAAUAACAUUCAACUAUAUCUCAAUGAGAUCCAACAAGUUGGUAGUAUACCCAUUGUGAUUUGUGGCGAUAUGAAUACACCAACAAAGAAUGAGGAAUGUGUUGUCAAUAGAUUCUUUAGACAAAAGGGAUAUAUAUCAACAUUCAAUUACAUCCAUCCAGAGAUCAAUCACUUUGUUUCACAUAAGAGUCAUAAAGAUCAAGAGGUUGGCGCAGACUAUAUCUAUCUCUUGGACAGCAACAACAACAGCAACAACAACAACAGCGACAACAAGAAGAAUAUCCAUAUUCAACCAAUUGAAUCAUAUCUCUUUCCAAAGGAGGUGCCUGCAGAUAAAUGGAUCAAAGGCUUUGAGUCCUCUGAUCAUCGACCAUUAACCACUUCAUUCAGAGUGGUUCAAUGA